UAGAUCGGUUCUUGGAAGAGCCAUCCCAGUGGAAAAAAAAAAAUCGAAUUCAGUCGAUCGUUUGAAUUACAGUCGUUUACAUUGAUCGUCAAGAAUGGAGAAGCAACUGUCGCGAUAUCUCCAUUUCAAUGGAUAUCUGGUGUUCGGUUGUACGCUGUUGAUCGUGUUUUACGAAUCGGUUUCACUGGUGAGGCAAACGCUGUAUUACGAGCAACUUCCGGAAGUAUUUCAGGAAAAUACGUUUAUCAGGAGAUGCUUGGUAGGGCGAUGGAUUGCGGCAAUCGUUUGGUUGGUUGCCCUUGCGGCGUAUUUCAUGGCACUGAAAUGGAAAGAUGCUAAUUUUUUAAAGCCAGCCAAAUUACUUUUCUGCAUCGAUUUUCUUGUGAUUUUGGUAGAGGAUACGAUUCGAACGUGCAGAGGCGAUGGGGACGAAAGAUUCAUAAGAGAUGAGCAAUGCCUGAUCGUUUAUUUGGUUACUGUUGCCUACGUGAUGUAUACUCUGAACACACUUCAAGCCUUGUUUCAUCGGAUACAUUUGGAAGCGAAAAGCAGACAGAGUAAACUUAAUUUGAUCAGCUGUGCCAGCACAGGUUGUGCAGUGGAAAUAAAAACGUGAACUACUUGAAUAACAAAAUUCGAUAUUACUGAAAAAAUCUGUUUAAAAUUGAUAUCUCAUUCAAGAAAACGCUAGUUAAAUGCUAUUUGAAAAUAAAGUGAAAUCAAUAUUUAAAA